UGGCCGUCCCUCCAAGUGCACUAUUUAUAAGAAUUUAGAUGAGAAACGCCAGCUCAAGAUUUUUCACAACAUGAAUGCCAUUCCAAUCGAUCCCAAAUGCUACGGAGAAUUGAUGCCAGACUUUCAAGUCCUCUUUACUGUUCUACACGUAAUAUUCGGAUUGUUAGCUUCGACUGGGAACUUUGUGGUUAUCCUAGCUAUCUACAGAACUCCUUCGUUGAGAACUGUUUCAAACUACUUCUUAGUCUCCGUAGCGUUUGCUGAUUUUUUCGUUGGGUUUGUCGUGCAUCCUAUGUUAGCUGUAAGAUGCUACGAGAACUAUUGGUACAGUGAACUACCUUUUGCAAAGGCAGCUGAUAUAUUGGUUCUACAGUCCUUCACUGCGACUAGUUUUGGUCUUUGUGCUAUUUCAUUAGACAGGUAUUUUGCCAUCACAUCAGCUAUCCGCUACAACGAACUAAUCACGAUACGUGUUUGUAUAAUCGGUACCGUCAUAAUAUGGACCAUUUCUAUCUUUUACCCGUUCAUUCGGUUUGUUACCACAGAUCCUUUUGAACUUCCAAUGAUAUGGCUUCUAGUUUGUAUUGUAUCUGUUGGAAUCCCUUUCUCUAUCAUAGCUUAUUGCUACUUCCACAUUUUCAAAGCAGCUAGAAAUCAAAAUAUCAAGAUAGCGGCACAAAACCAGGUACGAAAAGAUGCUACUAACGUUGCUAAGCAAUACAAAGCUGCACGCACCGUUGCUAUAGUGAUAGGAGUCGUUCUGUUAUUUUGGUUUCCCGGGGUUGUGAUUACGUUGAUACAAGUGAUGGCUGAUGAUUGUAUGAAGACGAAGAUCAUGAAAGUGUGGUUUUGGGGGAUAUUAUGCGCGAUGAUCAACAGUUCUGUAAAUCCCUGGUUAUACGCUGCAAGGAUGAAGAAUAUUAGAAAAGCCAUGAAGAAAAUAGUCAUGCCAAAUAGAAGGAGCAGCCUGGCAACAAUAUCCCAUAGCUUUUCAGUGAAGGAGCAGAAGACAACAUGACUCAAUAUAUAAGUUUGCCAUUCGGAUGCGAGGACACAAAUAUCAUUGAUAAACAAACCAUCGAAGAAAAUAGUCAUACUAAGUGGAUGGAUUGGCAUAACACCGGUAUCCCAUAGAUUAUCAAAGAAAGAAAAAAAUGGCCACAAAAAUCAAUGUACGAGAUAGCUAUUCGAAUGAGAGAAAAA